UAAAAAUGUCAUCGUCAGGUACAGUUCCUAAUGGGGAUGAGAGUGGCUCUAACAAUACCUCUUCCCUUAAGGAUGAAAUCGGGGAUGAUUCCAUCCUAAACAGGAUCGAUUCAGACACUUCAUACGUCAAACCAGCCCUUGGCGACAAGAGGCUAUCCCACAUGACAGAAGUUCCUUUUAAUAAACUUGGGACUCACAUUCCAAAAACAGCCAAGCUCGAUGAGAAUAAAGAUCAGGAGGAAGGAGAUGGAGCCUACCUCAAUAUGCCAACUGAGGCAAAUUUCAUGAGAAGGGGUACUGUCUUCGAGUCCCUCAUCGGAGGCUUUGGCUCUAUAGAUAUAAACAGCCAAAAAGAUAGCUCUGUUAAGGUUGUAGGCAAUGCAACGAAAGGACUAGGAGUCUGUAAAACUUUUCAACAGUCUUCUAGAAAGAGUGGGUCUGAUAAAAUGGACUCUAAGUCUGGAAUUCGACCUGGAGAGCAUAGCUAUAUAUCUAGUGUUAAAGACGCAGACGAAGGCGAAUCAGUAGAUGAAUCUGAUUGCUCUGAGGACUCUUAUACUAAGAGAAAGACUAGGAUUUGUUUCUGUAGAGCUCACAGUCAGAUCAAAAUUAAAUGGGAGAUCCUUAUUAUGCUACUAGCAACUAUAAAUUGAUUCCAGGUUCCUUACAAUGUUGCAUUCUCUGAUGAAGCUAAAAGUAAUGUUUGGUAUGAUCUUUUUAACGGACUCAUUGAUGUCUUCUUUAUGGCAGAUGUUGUGGUCAACUUCAGGUCAUCUUACAUCAACGAAAGCACAGGUGAAGAAAUUACAGAAUCUAAAAAGAUAGCACUAGAUUACCUCAAAGGAAAGUUUUGGAUAGAUCUUCUUGCUUCAAUUCCCUUCGAUUUCUUAAGUUACGGACUUGAUGGGCUUAAUGACAACGGAGCAAUUCUUGAUUUUGUCGGAAUGCUGAAAUUAGUCAGAGUCUUGAGACUUUCGAGGUUGAUUACUUAUCUGAAUCUUAAAAACGAGUUGAAGAUGUCUUUGAAACUGUUCAAGCUCAUUUUCUUCUUAUUUCUGUACCUACACUGCCUCUGCUGAUUAUGGUUUUAUAUUGUCAAAGUUGACAAGAAAUGGAUCCCUCCAUUAGAUUAUGUGUUUAUCACUACGAACUUGUUUGAAGACGGGGCAUGGUUCCAGUAUUCAAACUCCCUAUACCAUGCAGUGCUCAUGCUUGGUGGGAAUGAUGUAGGGCCAAGAGGAAGCUUCCAGCUCCUAUUUGUGUUCGUCAUUCUGAUUUUAGGUGCUAUAAUUAAUGCUAAUAUUUUUGGUAAUAUGGCUGUGUUAAUAUCAGCUUAUAACCGUAAGGCUUCCAUUUUCCAGGAGAAGCUUGAAACUGCAAACGAGACUAUGAAGAACCUCAAGAUACCUGUAAAUAUCCAAGAUGAUGUAAAAUCAUAUUUAACGUACACCCAGAGCACUCUUGAUCAUCAGAAUGAGUUGGAUAAGUUCUUGACCAUGCUCUCACCUAGUCUCAAGAGGGAGAUCAGUCGUCAUAUUAACUUGGAUGCGCUAAACCAGAACCAGGUGUUUAGUAACAAUGAAGAAAUUAUUAACGCGGUUCUUAAUGACCUUGAUACAAAGCUCUUCCUACCUGAAGAUGAAAUAAUAAGACAGAACAGUGUAGGUGACUGAAUGUACUUUAUUGCUAAAGGAGAAUUUGAUGUUUUCGUAACUGACGAAAAUAAAAUGGCAAGAUUCACCAGCUCCCUUAAAAAUGGAGAUUACUUCGGAGAAGUAGCGUUAUUAAAAUAAGUGCAAAAGGACAGCAACUGUGAAGAGCAAGAAUUACUCUACCCUUGCAGAGCUGAAUUCUACAAAGUUCCAACUACUUAUCGAGAGGUAUCCCACUAUUAAAGAGUCUAUGCACUGCUAUCUGAGGAUUCAAUAUAAUGAUAAAUGGAAGAAGUUUAUGAAAAGAUCUCUUCGCAACAUUGACUAUCUUAACAUGAGCAUUUCGGACGAAAUCGUUGAGGAGUUGGCAUACAAAUUAGACAAGACUGCUGCGACACAGUCUUCUGUUAUUUUUAAGGCAGGAAAUCCUUGCAAUGACAUCCACAUCAUCACUAGCGGAGAAUUAGAUGUAUAUGUAAAUAAUAACAAGAAGGAUAUCUAUUUAGACACUCUGUACACAGGAUGAGUUAUUGGAUCUUAUAGUGCAAUCACCUCUGAGUACUACUCCAUAACGGGAAUUGCGAAGACAGAUGUGGAGUUACUCAAACUUAGAGUAGAAGAUCUCUACGAUAUCAGGCAAGAAUACGACGAUCUUGAUAUGAUUAUAUCAGAAUAUGAAGCUUACUGUGACGAGUAUGGGCUUCCUUACUGAGACUACAAGUUGCAUCGAAAUAAAAGUCUGAAUAUGACACCUAUUGAGAAGUUUCGAGCAGGAAUCAGGAGAAUUAUUAGGAUUGUCAAAUCUUAUAAAUCAACCGCUCUCACAGACUUGCUCAAGCAAGUGAGAGAGAAGAUCAAGGAGAACAAGAGAAAUAAGGAAGACCAGAGAAAACUCAGGAUGCGUAGGAGAUCUCACCUCUCCGCAACAGAGAAAUCAGAGCAAUCUAUGAUUGCUCUCACGGAAAAAGUUGAAAGGUUGAAGGACUGCGUUGAAGAGCAGGCUACUCAGAUUGAAAAUCUCCAAACAACUCUGAUCUCAAAGAUGGAAGAGCUAAGCUUAGUCCGUUUAUCUUCGACUAGUUGUAGCAAGUGAGGAUCCUCAGAUGAUGAGGAUGUCCCAGUUAUCAAACUGAAGAAGAAGAAGAGUAAAUAAAAGGAAAAAGAAGGCUAAGGAAAAUUUGAAUAACUCAAACCUAUCAGAUUCCUCAUUGCCAGCCAACGAGCAAGUGAAUAAAAUAGAAAAGAGGAGCAAGAAAUAGCCCUGAGGUUGUGAAGCUUCCAACUGUGGAAAAACCACCUAAAUUAGAGCAGAAGAGAGGAUCUUUGCCUAAGCUAAAGACAAAGAAACACAAGUCUUCUGGUAAGAAGCGAGACUCCUUUGGAUCUUCAGUCCGAUUCAAACUUGAAGAAGAAGAGGAGGAAGAAGACUCUGAUGACCAGAACUCUGAGUUUACAGUGAAGCUGAACAACAAGGUUAUUCAUAAGAUCGAUAUCAAUAAAAAGAAGGUAGGAUUUGUCUUGGAUGAAGACUUAUCGCCUGAAGAGCUAAGAAUUCCUGAUAAAGAUCACUUAGAAGGCAUGAGCGAGGAUAAUAUGAUAGAGCAGUCUCCUUACUUUGGUGAUAACAAGUUACCUCUUCUGAGCAAGACCCAAAAAGCCCAUGACCCAUUUCUGACUAGUGAGAGAGCCUUUGUCAAAGUAAAUUCAGUAAAGAAGAAGCGUAGAAGAAAAGAUUCAGUCAUUGAAUUAAAUAAUAUGAGUCUAUAGAUUUCAUAGUUUAAUAUUUCAA